AAGCCUUCCUCCCAUUCUUAUUGUGUAUACAUACUGAGUUACUCUGGUAGAAAAAAUUUGGAAUUUGUCCAUCUUUCAUUUUAUAAACAUGUAAUGAAAAUGGUAGCUUCAUCGACCAUUGGAUAAACUGGAGUUCAUUAUAACAAAUGGUAUAAACAUUUGGGAUAAUAGAAUAAAUUUCUUGAGUAGUGGAAAUUUGUACUUGUAAUUAUUGUUCGUAAUAAAACUGGAGUCUACAAUGUAAACUGUUUCGUCUUAGAAAUAAAAAGCAGCACAAGAUAAGCUCUUCAUAUGCAAAUAAGAGUUUUUAAAUAACUGUAGUAUUAACUUGGGAUUUUUUAAAGUGAUGUUGUUGGCUGAUCUUGUGAAAGUUUGGAAUUUUUAGCACACAGAUGUGAAAAACUUGCUAAUAUUGCAUAUUAAUAUCUCAGAGAUCGAUUUUUAUCUAUUAAGUAAGCGCUUGGAAAAUAUCAGUUCAUUUUUCUGGAGGUGAACAUUUUUUUUUUGUGAAAAUCAAAUUAUGUCAAUUGAAUUGAGUCGUAAUUUAAUUGUAAAAUAUUGAGAAAAUAUAUGCCUUAGAUCUGAUGGAGAGACAGGAUUUAAUUCAUUUACUAGGGAACACGACAUAAUGCAGUCGAGGAAAGAUAGAAAAUUCUAACAUUGCAAACUGGAAUGAUUUCAAUUUGGAUCUUACUUUUAAACUUUCAAAACUAGGAGAAAAGAAAAGGAAAAAUCAAUUUGACCUAUAUGGACUUUAAACGUAUAUUGAUGAACGAAAUGAAGGCCACAGAACACUAGAGAAAUCUAUGUUGAAAUUUAAUUGUGUUCCGAAUGUUGUAUGAUAAAGUUUCAACACAUUAAAAUGAAUAAUUCAGACAUAUCUGCAGAAUUUCAUAUGAAAAAUUGAAACUUGUACAUCAUCUAGAUAGAAAGUGAUUGUGACAGUGAGAAAAAUCAAUGGACCAAUAUUGAUGUGAUUAUUGUGUAUCAGUAGGACACAGUCCCAGUGGACCAUUUGGUCCAAUAGUUAAUAUCAUAUACCAGUAAUUGUAGGUAACAAUCAAGCAAUGCAGAAUAACCAAUCUUUCUUCAUAAUGUGUUUUAAUCAAUGGAAACCACAUCAGGUACUCAGAGUACCUUUGCUCUAGAACUACUAUACUUGAGUAUGUGUUUUUGUUUGGACAAUUGUAGUAUCACCUGGAAAACUUAAUUAGAAAAUCAUGUCAUCUAUCUUGUUAAUUGACAUUAGUAAACGGUUUAAUAUCAAUUUGCCAUUUUUAAGUGACAACUGAUGGGUAAAUGUUUUGGUCAUAUUUUUCAUGUGAUUAUAGCAAUUGAUUUUGGACAGUUAUUGCAAAAUCACUUAAAACCUAAUAUGCAAAUUUACAAAAGUUUACAAAUAUUGGGCUAUAAGUAAAACAAAUACUUGUGACCUGAAAUGAGAAUUUCAUGUAGUUUAUUGGAAUUAGCCAAAAUUAACAUUUUAGAGAUGGUUUGCUGUUUGCAUAUACCUUUCACGUACCUGCUAAACAAAUAUUUACACAAGUUUUAAGAAGAUUGAAAUUUUGGAUGAUCAGUUACAGUUAUUAUUUAACCAUAUUGUGUGAGUUCAUUGAAACUGAUAGGAAGUGGUGAUAUUAUAAAUUACUUUAAAAAAGGGAGGACUUGUAAAGUGUUUGGUUUCACUGGACUAUGAUGUUCCAUCGUGAUAGGGCAGUGCAGUGUGACAUUGGAGAUGAAGAGGAGUAUGAAUUUUUGCUGAGCUCUUCAGCAAGUUUUGAAUCAGCAUUACUUGGAGAAGCUCAUGGGUUGAUUACAGACAUGUUGGCCGACACAACCUUACCAUCACAUGUUGUCGGCAGGCUAAGAACAAUCAGUAAUUUACUGAAACCUCCAGAAAAUCAUUCAUCGUUCCAUAAACCACGUGUCAGUCCAUUGGUGUCUCUGACAGAAUCAUCUCAUUAUGGGUCUGAUACAGAAGAGAGUCCUUAUACUGGAGAGAGGCCCUCUACACUACCAAAGAAAAUACGCAAAAGUUUGCCACCAAGCUUAAUUAGACGAAUGUCAACCAGUACAUGGACAACUACUACAUCAGCAACAGGAAUGCCAACUUUGGAACUGGAGCCCUGUCGUAUAAGAAGUUCUAGUUUUCGUCACCAUAGAGAUGUAUCACCAGGAGCUAGCCCUGGAGGCAGUCGUAGUAAUAGUCCUUCACCUAGCUCACCCACUGUAGUGUUGACAAUUCCAAAAUCUCGUUCUUUUUCAUUAGCUACCACACCUACUCCUAGUGGAUCUAUUCAUAGUAAAAAAUUGGCAAGGAAAAGUAUGGCGCCCUCUGUGAGUCAAGACAGCAAUGUAAGUUCUAAGCAUUCAAGUUUGCUUUGUAAAACUGAUGCUGAUUCCCAGGACGAGGGGGACGGAUCAAAUUUUAUGAAAGACAUGCAGCAUACGUCUGUUAGGACACGUGCAAAUAUAACUUCUGACUAUGAGAGCAAUGACUCUCCGAGCAGUAGUGACCAUAGCGAUAAUGUUGUGACUAAUGAAGAUUUUGUAAUAGGGUCACCUCCUAAUAAGUCUCUAUUUAGUACUAGUAUCCAUGAGGAUUCUACUUUAGUACAAAAACAAAGGGUGAUAAAAGAAUCUUUAUUGACACAGAAAUGUUCAGAUAUAUCCGCUGAAGAUGCUGACAAUGAAGAUGAGACCGAAACAGACAUUUCUGAGAAAUGCAAAGCUAUUAAAUUAGAUUCAGACAAAUUAGACAAAUUAGACAAUAAUGUUGAAUUACCCUGGGAUGUAACUAGACUUGAAUCUUGUGAAAUUUUAUCAAUUCAAAAUCUAAAUGAUUGGGAUUUUGCUAUCUUUGAUUUAGCCAAAUUAUAUCCUGAUACACUGUUAAGUAAGGUUGGUUAUAAGUUAUUUAUGGAAGUAGGGUUGUUUGAAACAUUCCGGAUACCUUUGCCACAGUUUUUACAUUACUUCCAUUCUUUAGAAAAAGGUUACAGAUCAAAGCCAUAUCAUAAUAGAGUGCAUGCUACUGAUGUAUUACAUGGAGUGUACUACCUCACUACACAACCUAUCCCUGGAUUUACUCAAGUACAUAACAGUGAUAUGUUUAACAGAAACGGGUCCUCUAGUGAAUCAGAAUCAGAACUUUUAUACAGAUCAAACCUAACACAUCGAGCGAACAGUUUUGCUGCAGAUGACAGCUAUGGAAUUAUGGGUGGAAAUUUUCCCGCUUUGGAGUUAAUGGCUUUAUAUACUGCCGCUGCCAUGCAUGAUUAUGAUCAUCCUGGACGUACCAAUGCCUUCCUGGUAGCAACAAGUGCACCACAGGCUGUCAUGUACAACGAUCGGUCAGUAUUAGAAAAUCAUCAUGCCGCUGCAGCAUGGAGGCUUCUAUUAAGUGAUCCUAAAUUUCUCUUCCUGUCCGCAUUAGAACCUGCAGAAUUUAAAAGAUUCCGAUUCCUUGUAAUAGAACUAAUCCUGGCCACAGAUUUAAAACGACAUUUUGAGAUUUUAGCAGAAUUUAAUGCAAAGGCCAAUGAUGAUGAGGCACCAGGCAUUAAUUGGACAGUGGAAACCGAUCGUCUGCUGGCCAUGCAAAUGGUGAUUAAAAUAGCAGAUAUAAAUGGUCCUGCUAAAACUUGGAAACUUCACCAUGAUUGGACAACCAGAAUAUCAGAGGAAUUCUAUGAACAGGGAGAUGAAGAAGCCAGGUUGGGGAUGCCAAUUUCUCCAUAUAUGGAUAGAAAGAUUCCUCAGCUAGCUAAGUUACAGGAAACUUUCAUAAAUCAUUUGGUGGCGCCAUUGUGUAAUGCCUUAGUAACAGCUGGUCUGUUGCCAGGGACAUGGGUGGAUGAACCAGACAGUGAUGGGGAUGUUUCGGGACACUCAGAUACAGAGAUAUGUGACAUUACAUGUAAAGAUACAGAAGAUGAGAAUGAGACAGAUCAUGAAACAGAAGCCAUAAACCACCCAAAAAUUAAAAGAAAACCAAGAAAAGUAAAUUGUUUAUUGACAAAGAAUAUGAAAGAGAAUCAUGAAUUCUGGGUAGCUAGGAUAAAAGAAGAAGAACUACAAAAGUCUGCAUCUGAAAUAAAGUCAGAAAAACAGGAGAGUGAAAUGGAACCAAUAAAAGAAGAGACAGAAUCUCCCCAUUCUGCCAACAGUUCUCCCAGUGCUCCAAGUACUCCAACACGACAAAAAAAGGAUGAGAAAUGACAAAAUACUCAAAAAUAUACCAAAGGAAAUUAGGACUAAUUUGAGAUAAAAACUUUACCAAUUAGAUGUAUACACAUAUUUAAUAGAAGUGUUGACUCAGCUUGAUCUCUGCUGAAUCUGAAUUUGUAUCGUUAUUUCUGCCAUGUCUGUCAAUUACGCAAGCAGACGACAAAUAGAAUAGAGCAUAAGAUGAAACAUUAAGGAAGAAUUUCCAGAUUAAAGGAAAUUUUAUAACAUGUAGGAAAUAAUAUUUUCACGGGUCAUAAGCAUAUAUGUUUGUAUUCUCUGUAUAAGCCUCCUUUCUUAGGAGCACCACCAUGAGUUGUGGUGUAACGGACAACAUAUCCAUUUCAAGAAACUAGUUUUUGUGCAGAAACAUUCAUUACAUAAAUUUAUUGUAUGUAUGUUGGUUCAAGUAAUGUAUAUAUUUUUAUGAGAUUCCAGUACAGAUAUGUGUUAGAGAUGUAAAAGUCUGUUCAGAUGGUCAAUAGAUGUUGUCUGUUGUGAUUGACUGCACAUCUUUUAUGGGAACUAUAAAUCUGUUGUUUUAUUAGAAGAGACGUUUCUUAUGUUUGUUAUGAUUUGUUGAGAAAGAAGAAAGGUUUCUAGAUGUGACAAAAAACUAAGAGCUAGUCUCAGUUGUUCAUUUUUCAUAUUUUUGCCAUAUUUUGCAUUUAAUUGACUAAUUUUCUGUUUAUAACUGUUAAAUGGGAGACAAAUCUUGCUCAUAUUAUAUAUACAAUUGAUUCCAAAUUUGUGUUUUUUCUGCCUGGAGCAGUUUCUUGGGAACAUUUAUUCUACUAUAAAGUUCCGGAACAUUCAGAUCUUCAAUCACUCUUAGGUAAGAGACACUCCUGACUGGUGUCCUGGGAUAUAUAUUGAAAUAAAUUAACUUACAGGAAACAUGAAAUUUUCCUAGUUUGAAAAAUAAAAUAUUUUAUCCCCCUCCCCCUUAUAGAAGUUAUAAUUGAAAACUCACCACAUAACAUUACUGGCAUAUGAAUUGUCUAAGAUACAAUAUCUUAUUUAAGAAGCGUGGAUCAUUUGUUUAACUAUCAUGCUGCUGUUAGUGAACAAUAAACAAAAUCAGGAAAAAAUUGAGUGGCAUUUUUUAUGUCAAUUAUGGAUAAUAAAUCAUAACUUAUUUUAUAACAUGAAGCUGUUCUGGGUAGAAAGUUUAAAUCAUAUGAAUCUAAAUGCUGAAAUUUGGUGCUAGUAUACUCUUUGUUUUAACCCACUUUUAGUCAGAGCACCCAAUGCAAAGUCCAUUAAAGUGUUUUUUAAUUUGUGUAUUAAAUUGUUCUAAACCAACUUCAUCUGUGAAGAAAGUAUUGAAUAAUUUGUUGUUUUGUUAUGUAUACUUUUGUAUACUAUGUUGAAAUAUUUUUCUUUUUGAUGGACACUUUUCAAAAUCUUUAAUGUCAAAGAAUAUGGAAAUUGUUCUAGAUGGUAUUUUUUGGUUGCCCACUAAUUGAGUAAUAAAACUCAAAUCUUCUUUUAUUAAUAUUUAGCAAAGAAGUUGGUGUUUUUAUUUAAAUGUAUGCGUAGUUAACACAGUGAUUCAACAAAUAGCAGACAGUAGUUACAAGUGAAAACAUUUGACAUGACUGUACUGAUUGACUAAUUUUUACAAACUUAACCUUCUUAUCAUAGAAAAGCCCAUCCUUAAUUCAAUUUUUAAUUGACUUAUAUAGAAAAUAUUGUGUUAUAGGAUUGAGAUAUUUAGAUUUAUAAUUUUGUAAUGGAUCUUUUCAUAAAUAAAAAUUGUUUUGAAGUUUUGAAUAAGACAAGUUCCAUUUCUUUAAAAUAUAGGGAUGGACAGUAAUGGUAGAGUCACCACAUCUGAUUCUUUAGAUUGCCUCAUUUUUCCAGUGUCCUUCUAUUCAAUGGAAACUAUAAAUUUCAAUUUUUUUUUAUAUCUAUGAUGUUAAGACUGAUGCCCAUGCUAUUAAAAGAAACAUUUCCCUUUUCAGAACUUCUAACAUAAGGCAAUAUUUUCCAAAACUAAGUUAUCUAAGUUGACCUCACUUUUAACCUUAAGGCUAACCUAAUGGGAAGUCUUUUAUUAUCUCAUCUUGUUUAGUCAUAUACUUAUAAAUUAUUGAUGGUUUUUCAAAUGAGAGGGUGUUUCUCGGCUACUAUCUCAUCGAAGGGUGAAAGUCCUGAGAUGAGAUGUUGCCAAGAAACAUCUUACAGUUUGUAAGACCAUUGAAAAUCUGUUUAUCUCUAUUUUGCCUAUGAUGUUGUUGAUGUUUACAUUGACAACGGCACAUGUACCCUUAGUUUCUAGCAAUAAGUUCUAUCUCAAACAAGUAGCAUGAUAUUCAAAUUUAUCACACAAAAAAAUUACACAAAAUAGCGAUAAUUCUUGUUAGUAAAAGCACUAAGAAUUAUAAAUAAUAAUGCACAUAUGAUUUCUGCCAUUAUACAACUGCUGACAAUACUCGUUUAAUUAUAACCUCAAAAUCCAUUUUAUAUGUAAACAUUAUGACAGAAGAUGUAUAAUUUAUUUAUAUUGUAUAUAUUUGUACAUAUUGAUGUUAGUUUUAAGGUCAAUGUGACCCUGAUUAUUGUAAAUUGUAAAAGAGAAUUGUUUAAAAUUUUUAACAGUUCAAGAGAUAUAUAGUCCUGUAUUAUGUAUAUGUUUUUAUGAAUAUUCGAUAAUUAUUUUGUCAGGAGGGGGACCAUUUAUGUUUCACUCCUUGUUAUAAGCAUGUCUAUAUGUUUCAGAUAAGUAAAACACAGCAUUUACACUCAAAUUCAAUCUUUAGUAUCAUUGCUUUAGCUUGAUUAUUGCCAUGCUUAUUCUGUAGUUCAAACAAAUUGAAAUAACACAGUUAACCACAAACAUUAGAAAUAUACAGGUUUUUAAGGAGUGUCAGGCUUGGAUUUUAAAAUUAAACUUUAUUUUCAUAUCAAAAACAAAUUUAAAAGAUUGUAUCUUUUAUAUGCUUGUAUAAUGGUAAUCCUUUGUCCACUCAUUCUUAUCUUAACAUUCACUCAUAUUUACACAACCACUUCUUAAGACAACUUGGUUUUGCUUUAAUUGAAUAUCCAAACAUUUUCAAAUCAUCGAAGUAUUGAAAUAACAGUACCGAUCAGCGCAAUACAUUUUUUACAGUUUCCGAGUUGAUUAAUGGUGUCAAUGAAAAAUGUGUUUUUCUCCACUUAUUAUUUGAUGAAAUUGUUUACUUUCACUGAAUCUGUUGAAAUGUUUACACAGUUUUAGGGUUGAUACAAGUUAGUUUUUGUUUUUAGAUUAUUUCACCUUUGUCUUUUCAGAUUUAUGAAACCAUAAAAAAAAUGGACAGUUUUGAGAUUUCAUACAAUACAUGUACCAUUUUUCCAUUUACAUUUGAAAUAUUUACUGAUAUACAAGUUAGUUCCCUUUAUUUUACAAUCAGUUGGGGAACAAGCAUCAUUUGCUCACAGUUUAGCUGAUUAUUUAUUGACGAACUGUAUAGUAUGUUCUCCAUCAGAACUGUUGAUAUUUUAAUCUGAACAAAUUCACUACAUUUUCAUGUUUUUCCAUUGAUUUUAAGAAAGUAUCUAAAAAUCUUGUAUGUUAUAGUUUUAAUUAGCCCGUUAAUACCUCAUUUUAAUCAAAAAUUUAUUUUUUCUCAGGUAAUGCAUCAGCUUGCUUGUUUUUGUUUUUGUAUAUCAUAGCCAGAUCUGAUUUUAUUUUGAUGCAGGGUAUAUAAUUGAAGAUCUUUUAUUUAUAGUUGCAUAAUUGUUUGUUCUGAUUCUUCAGUUUUUGUUUUUUUUUUAAACAAUAACAGAAAAGUAAGAAAGAAUGAAUACAGAUAAAUGCCUACUAAAGGUUACGUGUAAAUAAAAGCGAAUCAUACUGACUGAUUAACUUUACUUUUUUCUGAAUCCAGUUUACUAUGUAUAAAGCAGUGGUACCAGGCUAAAAAUUGUGCUUAUUUUGACUUUUAUAUACUCGUAAAAUAGAGCAGAAACCCAUUUCCUUUGCAGAUUUCUACCUCUUCUGUGACAAAUAAGAACACAGAUAUAUACAUAUAUAUAUAUAUAUAUAUACUCCUUCGUCUCUAAAGUAAAGACGAGAAAUUUAAGUGCUUAUGUCUAAGAAGUAACAAACUACAAGUCAACAAGGUGUUUAAUUCAUGUAAGUUAUAAUGCUUACAUUUUAUUUUAUGAUAUGCUUGAUCUGCACCUAUUGGUAAGUGUAGGUAUUUUAAAGAUUUUUGCUAGACCUAUUACAUGGUAAUUUUCUUCCAAGAUUUUGAAUAGGCCUAGUACAAGUGAUUCAUUUAAAAGAUUCUGUCUAUGCCUAGUACAAGGUGAAACAUUAUACAACAUAAAAGCAGUAUAAAGAUAAGGAGAUGUGGUAUGCAUAUAAGACACAUAUCCAUCCAACACCAAAUAAGAUUUAAAAAAAAUAUCCAUAUAUUAACAGGUAAACUAGGAUACUUUUAAUAAAGGUUUUCUGAGAUUGCUGUUUUAAAAAGAAUUCAACGUUAUGAUGGGGUAUUGUCUGUUGCGAAUACUCAGAGAUGGUUUAAUAAGCAAUAUAAGAGAUGUUUGAUUCUUUCUGCCUUUUUUGUUGCAUUAUCAGACUUCUAUCACACUAUGAAGUUACUAUCAUGAGAUCAGAUUAAGCAGACUUUAUAUACUAUUCUACUGUAUUUUUAUGAUAUCAAUAUGUUUUUAUUUUUGUAAAAUCUUGUUUAAGAAAUUCUAUUUAUAAAAGUAAUCAGGGACUUAUACAAUAUGUAUUACUAUAUUGUGUCCCAGAGUGAAGUGUAAUUUGAAUUCCUAAUAUAUGAAAUUUGAUUGGUCAGGAUUUAUCAUGUCUCCAUGACAACUUAUUAUCAUGUAUUUGUUGUGUAUAGUUAUUUUCGUAUUUGUUGCUAAGUUGUCAUGAUCUCCCACGCAACAUCUUUGUAUAUAUAGAUAGGCUUGCAUAGUGACCUUUCCUGUAACUUGAUCAUGGCCGUCAGACAGGUGUCUUGAAGGUGUUAGUUAUCUGAUACUAAUUUUACCUCCAUAAAACAUAGAAUUACAAUGUACAUUAGCAUCCAUUCAUAGAUUUUAAUUGGUGAGUGAGCUGUCUAGUAAGAUAGUAGACUACAAUCUCUAAACAUCAUCUCUGGCAAGAAUGGAAUCAGCAUUGGUCAAAACCAUCAAAUCAAGUACCCAUGAAAUUAAGUACCCAUGAAAAUAUCAUUUUUUCUUAAUCCACAAAAAUUGGCACCUGCAAAUACAAAUGAAUGUAUAGUACGUAAUCAGUGGCGAUCCAGAACUUUUCAUAAGGGGGGGGCCCACUGACUGACCUAAGGGGGGGGCCCGCUCUAGUCAUGCUUCAGUGAUUCUCUAUAUAAUCAACCAAAUUUUUCCCACGAAAGGGGGGGCCCGGGCACCCCAGGGCCCCCUGGAUCCGCCUAUGGUAAUGUAUCUGAAUGCUUUCCGAAAUCAGUUGAAAAACUUACAUUUACAUAUAUUUGAAAUUUUAUUAAUGCUAAUGUACUUGUUUCUGUGGUAAAAGCAUUGUAUAUUCACAUCUCAGAACUAAAUUUCAACACAUAAACAAUGCUAGCAUCAUAGAGAGACACCUAUUUGUAUAGCUCUAUCAAUGCUAGCAUCAUAGAUAGACACCUAUUUGUAAAGCUCUAUCAAUGUUACCAUCAUAGAGAUACACCUAUUUGUAAAGAUCUAUCAAUGCUAGCAUCCAAAAGAGACCCCUAUUUGUAAAGCUCUAUCAAUGCUAGCAUUUUAAAGAGACACCUAUUUGUAUAGCUAUAUCAAGACCUAUUGUGAUAUUUGUAUAUAGUCUUCUAUCCAAAUAUUUAUGAUAUCCAAAAUCUUUGUUGAAAUAUUAGAAUUUAAAUGUUCAAUUAAAAGUUUGAUUUUAAUCUAGAGAGAAGAUAAUUAUUGAGUCAGUCAAUAAAAGUGAUACAAGUUCA